AAUUUUAUAUUUUUUUGACAGGGCCAUGUUGCCCUAAUAUUUUGUAUACAUUGUAAUGUUUGAUUGAGAUUUGGACAUUAAAAAAAAGCUGCCUAUUACAAUCUUUAUUAUGUAGCCUUGUCCUGGCAUAGUCUUAAACCAAUUGUCUUGGCUAGAGAUUCCGGGAGUCUCUCAAACAUGUUCUUAGGAUGUGCCUUGUCUGAAAUUUUGUGUUUACUUUUUAGUUAAAGGAGUUCAUUUGUGUUUUUUGUUAAGUCAGUAAUCAGUUGCUACACGUGUUCGCUGUCUGUGGUGCUGCUGCAUUCUCUCUGCUGCUGUAAUGUUUACCUUUGGUCUCAGCAGACAAACUGUCAUUCCAAAGUAUACCACCAUUUCCUUCAGCACUUUAUGGCAUGGGAGACAGAAACCAGUGUCUUGAAAGGCCCCUAGAGGCCAGAAAUAAAGAUGUAUGUGCCAGUAUUUUUCUUGUCUUUUAAAAAGAAACCAGGAGUUGGCAAUUUACUGCUGAAGACACUAGGUUAUUGAGGAGCAGGAAGAGCCGUGUUGGUUAUGUGUUCUCAUUUUGCCCAAGAUGUUUGGCCAGAGCAGAGCAUAAAAGAUUCUUUCCAAAAAGUGAUACUGAGAACAUAUGGAAAAUAUGGACAUGAGAAUUUACAGCUAAGAAAAGACCAUAAAAGUGUGGAUGCAUGUAAGGUGUACAAAGGAGGUUAUAAUGGACUUAACCAAUGUUUGACAACUACUGACAGCAAAAUAUUUCAGUGUGAUAAAUAUGUGAAAGUCUUUCAUAAAUUUCCAAAUGUAAAUAGAAAUAAGAGAAGACAUACUGGAAAGAAACCUUUCAAAUGUAAAAACCGUGGCAAAUCAUUUUGCAUGCUUUCACAAUUAACUCAACAUAAGAAAAUUCAUACUAGAGAGUAUUCUUACAAAUGUGAAGAAUGUGGUAAAGCCUUUAACUGGUCCUCAACACUUACUAAACAUAAGAUAAUUCAUACUGGAGAAAAACCCUACAAAUGUGAAGAAUGUGGCAAAGCUUUUAACCGGUCCUCAAAUCUUACUAAACAUAAAAUAAUUCAUACUGGAGAGAAACCGUACAAAUGUGAAGAAUGUGGGAAAGCUUUUAACCGGUCCUCAACCCUUACUAAACAUAAAAGAAUUCAUACAGAAGAGAAACCCUACAAAUGUGAAGAAUGUGGCAAGGCCUUUAACCAGUUCUCGAUUCUUAAUAAACAUAAGAGAAUUCAUAUGGAAGAUAAACCCUACAAAUGUGAAGAAUGUGGCAAAGCCUUUAGAGUAUUCUCAAUUCUUAAAAAACAUAAGAUAAUUCAUACUGGGGAAAAACCGUACAAAUGUGAAGAAUGUGGCAAAGCCUUUAACCAGUUCUCAAACCUUACUAAACAUAAGAUAAUUCACACUGGAGAGAAACCCUACAAAUGUGAUGAAUGUGGCAAAGCCUUUAACCAGUCCUCAACGCUUACUAAACAUAAAAGAAUUCAUACAGGAGAAAAGCCCUACAAAUGUGAAGAAUGUGGCAAAGCUUUUAAACAGUCCUCAACCCUUACUGAACAUAAGAUAAUUCAUACUGGAGAGAAACCCUACAAAUGUGAAGAAUGUGGCAAGGCCUUUAGCUGGUCCUCAGCUUUUACUAAACAUAAGAGAAAUCAUAUGGAAGACAAACCGUACAAAUGUGAAGAAUGUGGCAAAGCCUUUAGUGUAUUCUCAACCCUUACUAAACAUAAAAUAAUUCAUACUAGAGAAAAACCCUACAAAUGUGAAGAAUGUGGCAAAGCCUUUAACCAGUCCUCAAUUUUUACUAAACAUAAGAUAAUUCACACUGAAGAGAAAUCCUACAAAUGUGAAAAAUGUGGCAAUGCUUUUAACCAGUCCUCAAACCUUACUGCACAUAAGAUAAUUUAUACUGGAGAGAAACCCUACAAAUAUGAAGAAUGUGACAAAGCCUUUAACAACUUCUCAACCCUUAUUACACAUCAGAUAAUUUAUACUGGAGAGAAACCCUGCAAACAUGAAUGUGGCAGAGCCUUUAACAGAUCCUCAAAUUAUACUAAAGAGAAACUACAAACCUGAAAGAUGUGACAAUGAUUUUCACUACACGUCAAACUUUUCUAAACAUAAACCAUAUUGGUGGCCUAGAAAUGUGAGGAAUGUGACAAGGCCUUUAAAUGGUUGUCACACUUGAUUAUAGGUAAGAUAAUUUAUACUGGAGAAAAAUCCUCCAAGCAUGAAGAAUGUGGCAAACUUUUAACCAAUCCUCACACCUUAUUGCACAUGAAAGCAUUUAUACUUGAGAAAAAUUGUAUAAAGAAUAUGGAAAAGCCAUUUAUAUCUGCUCACAUGUUAAAACAUCAGUUCAUACUUAAUAAAAUGCAAUUACUGUCAAAAGAUCUUUCAGAAAAUAUAAGCCUUUAAUACGAGGAAGAGUAUUCUUAAGACGAACAUUACAAAUAGAAAGAGGGUUGUAGUACCUUUAGUUUUAUGAUCUUAUUGUACACAUUUUGUACCAGAGGAAAACCCUAAAGCAUUAGUUGCUCAAACUUUGUUUGACAUCAGGGAAUUUAUAUUGGAGAAAAACCCUGCAAAUGUAAUAAGUAUGGAAAAACAUUUUUUCAGAAACUACAGCUUGGAAAACAUCAGAGAGUUCAUACUAAAAUAUAUUUUUGCAGAUGCAGUAAGUAUGAAAAAUAUUUAAUCCAAAAUUAAGUCUAUGUAAAUAUCAGAAUUCACAGUAGAAAUCAUAAGGCAUAAGGCACUGACACUUCAGACAUUACACUAAAUUUAGAGUGUUGAGUAUAGGAAAUCCAAAACUAAAAUUGUUAGGUAAGUUAUUUAUAUAUAACUUUAAAAGAAGGAGAAGAUUUUUUGGAGAUUUAUAAUUACAUUCAAAGUAUACUUUUUUCUUGAAAAAAAUUACAGAUUUUUUGAAAAGCAAUUAAUGAUGUAAUUUAACUCAAAUUCAUGUUUUUCUUCAUUCCUAUUGUAUUCACAUGUGAAAGCAAGUGAUCAGUUGUUGCUGAAUCAGAGAUAUGAGAGACUCUUUUUUAUAGGUGGGCAUUAUUUGUGCCCUUUUCUGUGGAAGAGUAAGAAAAUUAAAAUAUAAGAUGCAUGAGGAAAAUGUAGAGAUGCUCUUUGUGAUUAACUUAGAAUAUUAAGUGCUACUUGAGGUACAUGUUCAGACUAACAUUCUUUUGCAGUAUAGUGAGAAAAAACAUUUUAAAUUAAAAUUAAUGUAUCAUUUUGUUGAUUGUGCUUUUAUGUAAUAAAAUGCAGUACUUUAAAAAAUUUAGAUUGUGAACUUAAUUUUGUAAUUAAACAUUUUUUUUUUUAGCAUGCUAA